UACUACAGCAGAGGUUGGUGGGAUCGAACCUACAACAAUCUUUCAUUUGCGUCCAAAAUACAGCAGCGCUAACGCUUCGCUACCAGCCUGGCACUCGUCCUUCACGAAAAAGCUCCGUUACACCGCUGGAAGGACUCGGCUGUUAGCCGAAACCCUCUCCGGGCCGUGAAGAAGCUGUAGGUGAUGCAGCAGGACGCUUAAGUUAAAGUACACUUGAAAACCACUAUGUCAUGCUCAUGACUCGAUCGAUGGAUUCUCCCCUCUCCAGCGGUUUGAAGCUGCGCCAACAAUUCCGCGAGGCCCGCCCGCCUCCGCAGCCCUUCCUCGCUUCCCCACCCCCCUUCGCGGAAUACUUUAUGCCCACAGUGCUCGAGAGCGUGUUGCGCUCUUUCUUCCAUCCCGAAGAGGCUCCUUUGGCGGGACGGUGAGCGGAAUGUCAGAGGAAACGCCGAGUGUGUAAGUGCGCUGAACGGGAAUUGGAAGGUCUGUGUCCGAAAGAAGCAGCAUGUGAUGUGGGCCGCGAACGAGAAUUGUCAAGACUGCUGAUGUCUCCUGGAACCUCCUGCAGUAGUGUGUUGAUGAGCAGGGAAGUUGAAACAAAAGCUCUGUAUUUGACACCAUGAUCAGGCAAGCACCUUCAGGCAACGACACUACUCCUGUGUGCUUCUCUAUAAACAACCCACCCUUUAACUACAACCACACCAUUGCCUCAGUCUACUUCUCCACCAUUUUGAGUGGACUGGGCCUCAGUUCCAACCUCUUUGCAUUUGUGGUCCUGAUCAAGACCUUCCUACGGACCAAGAGCCUCUCACGCUCCUCCUUCCUCAUUUUUCUCGCCGGCCUGGUGGUGACAGAUUUCAUGGGUCUGUUGGUGACAGGCUCGAUCGUCAUCUCCUUCCACGCUACGCGCUUUGUCUGGCGAGACCUGGAUCCCUACUGCCACUUCUGCAACUUCAUGGGCAUGUCCAUGGUCUUCUAUGGCUUGUGCCCAUUGCUGCUGGGGGCUGCCAUGGCAGUCGAGCGCUUUGUGGGAAUCAACCGACCAUUCACCCGCUCUGCCAGCAUGUCUAAAGGCCGCGCCCUGACCACUGUGGUGGCAGUAUGGGUGGUGGCUGGUGUCAUCAGCCUGCUGCCCCUCACCGGGCUUGGUAGCUACCAUAUGCAGAAGCCAGGCUCCUGGUGCUUCUUCAACAUCAGCUCUCAGCCUUUGGAUCUGUCCUUCUCUCUGAUCUUCUCCCUACUGGGCUUGCUGUCUCUGGCUGUCUCCUUCCUGCUGAACACGGUGAGCGUGGUGACACUUCUGCGUGUGUGCUGCGGCCAGGAUGCCAGCGCCCGCCGCCGUGACCAUGAGGUGGAGAUGAUGGUACAGCUGAUAGGCAUCAUGAUUAUUGCUUCCAUCUGCUGGUGCCCACUACUGGUGUUUAUUGUCACGACAGUGCUGUCAGGGAACCCGCUGGUGGUCAGGUCCCUGCUGCUGUGGAUCCGUUUCGCUACCUUUAACCAGAUCCUGGAUCCCUGGGUUUACAUCCUUUUCCGGCGUGCCAUCCUGAAGCGCGUCUACCCCAGGCUGGACUGGUCCCGAGGCUCCAUUGCAAGCCUUUACCCCAGUUUUACCACCUCCUUGAGGAAGCUGACUCGCUCCUCACUCGGAGGGGGGCUUGAUGAGGGACCUCCGCAAGGAAGAGAUGUGCCCUCUCCCCUACAGCCACUCUCUUCCUGACCUCAUCCCAACCCUCUGAGGAUCUGUAUGAUUUUAUUUCUCAUCUGCUCCAAAGCCUCUGUGCAUCAUUACGGUUUGAUUCCCCUUCUGAUCUCUGUCCAUAGAGCACUUAUAUCAUUUCCCUUUUUCCAUCCCAGUACUAGGGAACACUAUAAGUCAAUUCAAUGUGUACCCCAUACGUAAUAUAUAUAGUAUAGUGUGUGUGUGUAUGUACUGUAUAUAGUAUAUUUUAC